GAAUCUGCUGGCUCCUCGGCACACUCUAACUGAACUUCAGUCAGGACUUUACAGGAGUUAAAAGAGACUGAGCUGACACAAAAUGAGAGGACUUGUUGUCUUGGUAACUUUGGCGUGCUUCGCCACAGCUCAGCACCAAGCACUGAUUGACUACUUGGAGCGGAGGCUGCUUGCUAUUGAGGACAGGAUCUCUCUGUGGCACGAGCAGACCACCCGCUAUGCCUCCGAGCUGCGGGAGCUGAAGCAGCAGAUGGUUUCCCAGCUGGAGAACCUGGACAAAGAAAAAGAGGCACUGAGGAUGAAUAUAGACAGCGUGGGGACCAGGGUGGACCGGGUCGAGCGGGAAUUAGACUAUCUGGAGACACAGAAUGGGGCUCAGCCGUGUGUGGAUGUGGACGACAAGCUAAUAGAGCAGCAGGUGACUGUGGUGAAGGAGAAACAGAAGUCCAAAUAUUCACAACUCUCAGACUGCAGCGACAUGAUCUCCAGCAUAAAAGCCAUGAAGAUAUUGAAGAGAGUCGGAGGGCAAAAGGGCACCUGGACUAAAGACACCAACAGGGCCUCUGGGAAGGUCUACAUUUUUAAUGGGACGGAAGACGACAUCAUCCACGCGUUUGCCUCUGUGCAAGACUUCACCCGCUCGUCGGGCAUGUCUCUGUCCAGUACAGUGAAGCUGCCGUCAGCCUGGAGGGGAACAGGCCACGUGGUCUACAACAACUACGUGUAUUACAUGAGUCAGGCUGACGAGUUAAAGGUGGUUAAACAUGACCUGCAGAAUAACUCUCUGACUGACAGUGCAGUGUUUCCUGUGCAGGACCACGUCCCCGUGUAUGGUCUGACCCCAGAGACGGUGAUUGACCUGGCUGUGGAUGAGGAAGGCCUGUGGGCCAUUUACGCCACACAGCAGAAUGAAAGGUACAUCUCUCUGGCUAAAAUGGACACCACCUCACUGGAUAUUGAGCAGAUGUGGGACACAAAUUGUCCCAGAGAGAAUGCAGAGGCGGCCUUUGUCAUCUGUGGCACUCUGUAUGUUGUGUACAACACCAAGCAGGCUGGACGCUCACGAGUACAAUGUGUGUUCGACGUCAACGACAUGGUGACCAGUGAAGAUGCACCGCUGGUUUACUUUCCAAAACGCUACGGAUCUCACUCAAGUCUGAAGUACAAUCCCCACGAGAAGCUGCUCUACGCCUGGGAUGAUGGCUACCAGAUCCUGUACAAGCUUACCAUGAAGAAGAAACUAGAGAUCUGAGCUUCUCUAAACAGCCCUAACGCUGUAUUCUGAGAGGUUUUAGCUUCUAAACUACAGAUGAGGUCUCAAAACUAACGAUUUUGUAGAAUUUAAGAUCAUUUCUCACCUUUCAGGGAGUUUCAGAACAGCUUAAAUAUAAAAUCUUGGACUCUAACAUUGUAAUCCACUUCUCAUAAAACCUGGAAGCUGCAAUAACACAACAUUUACUGUAGGGACUGUGAGGCAGGAGACAAACCUAAGAAAUGAACAAGAGUCUGUGAUGAUUCUUUCAUGCUACAUAGACGUUAUUAGGAAGUGACAAAGCUUCAUUACAACAAAAAGGAAACGUGAGUGGUUCCCCAAGUGUUGGCCAUCGCACACUGGUGGGCAGUUAAGGUACUGUUGGUGGGCCACAAUAUGAUAUUUACAAAAAAAAAUAAAUGUUAAAAGGAAAUACAAGAAAAAUAAAUCUGAGGAUAUGAAGUAAAGAAAAUACUCAACCUUUAUUGUCGACACUACAUAGAUGGUACAAAAAUACUGCUUGUGAGAUGAUCAGGAUGAAAAAAGAGGACGAAAACAGCCAAGAUUCAGGAGUGUGAGACUGUAAUUAUGCAUCAUAAUUUUCUUUUCACAAAUUCAGAACUAAUUUCAAAAUGCUCAGAUUUAUUUUGUGAUAUCUGGUGUUUUGUGGCUACCUUAACCCCACUUCUAACGAGACUACACCGUGCUUCCAUCUUUAGAGUUGUUUCUCCAUCUGCUGUUGAGUGGACCGAAACAGAUAUACUGUACUUACCCAUGAUUAGCUGCUGUCUAAGUUUCUGCAGUGGCUCCAGGCACUUUUGUGUGUUCACAGAUAUGAGGCAAAUAUUCAACACAUCCUUUUAAUAGCAUAAAACCUCUGUCAAACCUGCCACUUCUAUACCUGAUAUUUGUCAUAUCAACAUGAAUCUUUAUACCCCAAGUGCUUAUCAACUGAAUCCAGCUUCUUGAAUCUUCCUUCUCAGCUCAUUUGUACUGACUCCAUUGGAUUUUAACAUGACAGUUUUGUGUAGCAUUCACAGUAAUCUUGUCCGUGCUAGUAAAUACACAACAUUAAUUACACCCUAGGAAAUGUUAUCUUUUGUAGCUUGUUAAUUUAAUAUUUUUUAGUGUUCAGAUUUAUAUCAUAAGCACUGUUAACAUAAAAUACAACCACUGUGUAAGGUGAGCUGAAAAAUGUAACUCCGACAUUAGGAUACUGUAUGUGCAAGAAACCGCUAGCAGGCUAGCACCCUGUGCAUUAUCUGCACUCUUCCCACAUGUUGAGCACAUGUGCAUUUUUGCUAAAUACCACCCAAAAAAUGAGCAAACAGCACCACUAUUGCGAUUACUAUUCUUUGAUGUUUAUUAAUUUAUAUCUGAACAUAACUUUCUUACUGCCAUUUCUUCUACACUUAUAUCUCCUUUUCCCCCGCUAUCAUAUUUUUUCCUAAUAACUGUUCAUUAUAAAAAUAACUGGCAGACUAACCAUUUUAAACAAGGCUGUCAGUGUUUUUCUAUGUACAGUAUAUAAAGAUUGAUAUAGAAAUAUUUAAGCAUCCAUGUAAGAUUUGACUCUGCUACACAGUUGCCGCAUUGAGCGAUGUGGAGCGUUAUCCUGCUGGAAACAGCCAUCAGAAGCUGGGUACACUGUGGUCAUAAUGAGAUGGACCACAGACACAGAUAUCAAAUGGUGUGAAAAUAAUAGUGGUUGUUGAAUAUU